AUGCUCUUCUAUUUGUUGCCGCUGAUAUUAUUGGUAUCAACUACAACCGGCUUCUUCAUCAGUAUUGAUGCGAAUGAAGAGCAAUGCUUUUUCGACCGAGUAAUUUCUGGAACGAAAAUGGGUUUGAUGUUUGAAGUGGCCGAAGGCGGUUUUCUCGACAUUGACGUAAAGAUUACUGGUCCGGACAACAAAGUGAUUUAUAAGGGAGAACGAGAGUCUUCUGGAAAAUACACGUUUGCAGCACAUAUGGAUGGUGUCUACACGUACUGCUUUGGAAACCAAAUGAGUACAAUGACACCCAAGGCUGUUAUGUUCACCAUUGAAAUUGUCGAACCUAACCAACAACAACAAGGUGCUGCUCAGAAUCAGGAUGCUGCCGACAACCAAAAACUUGAGGAAAUGGUCCGUGAGCUUUCUACAGCUCUUAUGUCGGUUAAACACGAACAGGAAUAUAUGGAAGUCCGAGAGCGCGUCCACCGGUCGAUUAACGAGAACACAAACAGCCGUGUCGUGCUAUGGGCUGUCUUCGAAGCUUUGGUGCUCGUUUCGAUGACGGUCGGACAAAUAUGGUAUUUGAAGCGAUUCUUUGAAGUCCGUACUGUCGUCUAA